AUGGAUACCUAUGGAAUACCUUUGCAAGAAAUUCGUAUUCCUCAUUUCGGAUUUCAUGUAAUUACUAAAGCUGGCUCCAGGCAAAGUCUUUAUCGUUAUGGUGUUUCAAAUAACUCGGGGCGAAAUGGUGUAGGGAUUGUUAUGUCUGAAAAGGGUCGAUCCGCUCUGAUUGAAUGGAAGCCAGUAAAUGACCGAAUGGUAGAUGAAUACUUGUUCCAAAUGAAGGAAUGUCUCCAAAAACCAGCCACUUUACAUAAAAGUAGGAGGUGUACUAAUCAGAUAUCGGAAACAACUGUCCAGUUGUCCGAAAAAGCUGCCAAAGUACGAAUAUCAAGAGAUCCUGGGUGCUUCAAAGGAUUGCAACGACAGCAGCACAGCGAGAUAGAAAUCACUAUUGGAGCGACAUGGCCUUGA